GCAUAGGAUCUUAGAUUGAUGACGGAACAUACAUGCUUUGACUUGAAAUGUCGCUCUCGCGUAGAAAAAGAAGUACAAACGAAAUAUCCAGCACUAGUAGUUUGAGAAAAUUUAUCCGAAAUCUCGAUAUAUUCAUGGGUUGGUUUACGGUGUUCUAGUUCAGCUCUCUUUACUGCUUUGAUUACAGAAUAUCGAUGGACACAACUUGCACUGAAACACCUUUAAGAACCAUCCUCCACCUCCUCUUCCAGAUAUGGUUCUUCUCUUUCAUUUCCAUGGCAGACGUUAUUUAUCAUCCCACUGACCUCUUUAGCAUCAGCUGUGGCUCAUCCACCAACUUCUCCACUCUCGACACUCGCAAUUGGACUUCAGACAUCCACUUCCUCUCUCCAACCCACCUCUCAGUUUCUGCUCCUUCACUCACACCAUCUACCAUCCAGGGUCCCUACACCCAUGCUCGUCUCUCUCACUCUCCAUUCUCUUACUCAUUCCCUCUCACACCAGGCCCCAAGUUCAUUCGUCUCUUCUUCUACUCAACUUCUUACCAAAACUUCCCUUGCUCCCAAGCCUCUUUCUCAGUCCAAGCAGGCCCCUACACCCUCCUUCAACAUUUCAACGCUUCCCUCAACGCCGAUGCUGAAGAUGAUCCUAGCCACCCUGACAUCUUGUUCAGAGAGUAUUGCAUCAACCUCCAAGACGGUGAGAACCUCAACAUAACCUUCAUUCCUACCACCACAGAUUCCUACGCUUUCAUCAACGGGAUCGAGAUUGUUUCGAUGCCCACUUAUCUCUACUACACCGAUCCUCACGACUCCACAGAACAGCCGCAAUAUGUUGGCACCAUGACCCCAUAUGUCGUUGAGAACAAGUUUGCUCUCGAGACCAUGUACAGGUUAAAAGCUGGUGAUCAUACUAUACCCUCCUCUGAGGAUACGGGUAUGCUCAGGACUUGGGAUACCGAUAGCAAGUACCUAGAUACUCAAAGUGAAGAAUCUAUUGAGUUUACGGGCACAACUAAGCUGAGCUUCACUAAGAUUCCUAACUACACGGCACCAGAACAAGUUUUUCGAUCUGUAAGGAAUAUGGGAAGGGAUGCCUCUUUCAAUAAGAUGAACAACAUCUCCUGGCAGCUUUCCGUUGAUUCCGGCUUCACCUACUUGCUAAGGUUAUACUUUUGUGAGCUUAACCCGAGAAUUGAAGAGCCUGGUGUCCUGAGAUUCUUCAUCUUCAUACAAGAUCAGUUGGCUACGGAUUGGGCAGACGUUUUCAUGUGGACAAAUCAUUGGGGUGUGCCCGUGGUUAGAGAGUAUGUAGUUAUCAUCUCAGAGAGUCCGAAAAAAGUUAACCUUUCGCUAAAAAUGCAUCCUCACCCUAAAAGCAUAAUCCAGGACGCUCAAAUAAACUCAAUUGAAAUCUUCAAAAUCAGCAAUUAUAAACGUAGUCUCGCUGGACCGAAUCCGGACCCUCCUCAAACCGCAGUGGUAUCCCAUCAAGGCUCAAAUAAGAAAAACGGAGCCACCAAGAAAACCCUCGCGGCUGUGACAGGGACAGUUUUCGGUGUCCUUUUGCUCUCUUCUAUUGUCGCUUUCUUCUUCGUCAAACGCAAGAAAAACAUCACCGUUAAAAGUACGAAAGAGGGAACUUCUCCUCUCCGGGAUGGCUCACCAUCGCUUCCAACCAACCUCUGUCGUCACUUCUCAAUCUCAGAAAUCAUUACCGCCACCAAUAACUUCGACGAACUCUUCAUCGUUGGAGUGGGAGGCUUUGGCAACGUUUACAAAGGCUACAUCGACGAUUCAACACCUGUGGCAAUCAAAAGGCUCAAACCGGGUUCUCAGCAAGGUCUCGACGAGUUCAUGAACGAGAUCGAAAUGCUGUCUCAACUUCGUCAUCUCCAUCUUGUUUCCCUCAUCGGUUACUGCUACGAGAGCAACGAGAUGAUCCUCGUGUACGAUUUCAUGGAUCGUGGAGCCCUUCGUGAUCAUCUCUACGACACCGAUAACCCUUUGCUUUCAUGGAAGCAAAGGCUUCAGAUAUGCAUCGGGGCAGCACGAGGACUGCAUUAUCUGCAUACAGGUGCGAACCAGAUGAUCAUUCACCGUGACGUGAAGAGCACAAACAUCUUGUUGGAUGAAAAAUGGGUGGCGAAAGUUUCAGACUUCGGGUUAUCUCGAAUUGGGCCCACGGGUUCUUCAAUGACCCAUGUGAGCACUCAGGUGAAAGGCAGUGUUGGGUAUUUAGACCCGGAGUAUUACAAACGACAGCGUUUGACGGAGAAGUCGGACGUUUACUCGUAUGGAGUGGUGCUCUUAGAGGUAUUGUGUGGGAGGCAGCCUUUGCUCCGAACGGUGGAGAAGCAACAGGUGUCACUUGUGGAUUGGGCGAAGCAUCGGUAUGAGAAGGGAUCUCUGGGUGAGAUUGUGGAUCCAGCACUGAAGGGUCAGAUAGCACCUCAGUGUUUGCGCAAAUUUGGUGAGGUUGCGUUGAGCUGUUUGCUUGAGGAUGGGACUCAGCGACCUUCAAUGCACGACGUCGUUGGGGUGUUAGAGUUUGUUCUGCAGCUUCAGCUUCAGGAUAGUGCUCAUGGUGAUGUAGUGUGGGAGAGUGGUGGGGAUUAUGAAGGCAGUACAACUGAGGAGAUAUUUAGCGGUUCCCAUAGUAACAGUAGUGGAUUAAACUCUACAAGCUACGGGAAUAAGGAAUCUGACAGGUUGAUCCCUGAGAAUGUUUUUUCUGAUCUUAAGGAUCCAAAGGGACGCUGAUUGAAGUUAGUGUGCUCAAUGAGUUUGGUGUCUAUGACAACAAAAAUGGUUCCAAUUGUAAUAGCAAAUGGCAUUAAUGAUUGAUUUGUACGGAAC